GAGAAUGGGAGAAGAGCCAGCUGUCUAAGCAGCACCUCCCGGUCCUCCUCGCCUCUCUUCUCCUCACCUCGCUCUCGCCGCCUGCUCGCCCUGCCGCUUUGCUCGGCGCCUAGAACACCUUCCACCAUGGCCACCUCGGCGAGCUCCCACUUGAACAAAGGCAUCAAGCAGGUGUACAUGGCCCUACCUCAGGGCGAGAAAGUCCAGGCUAUGUACAUCUGGAUCGACGGCACUGGGGAAGGACUGCGCUGCAAGACCCGAACCUUGGAUUCUGAACCCAAGUGUAUAGAAGAGUUGCCCGAGUGGAAUUUUGAUGGCUCUAGUACUUUUCAGUCUGAAGGCUCCAACAGUGACAUGUAUCUUGUCCCUGCUGCCAUGUUCCGGGACCCUUUCCGCAAGGACCCCAACAAGCUGGUGUUCUGUGAAGUCUUCAAGUACAACCGAAAGCCUGCAGAGACCAAUUUAAGGCAUACCUGUAAACGGAUAAUGGACAUGGUGAGCAACCAGCGCCCCUGGUUUGGAAUGGAGCAGGAAUAUACCCUAAUGGGUACUGAUGGGCACCCCUUUGGUUGGCCUUCCAACGGCUUUCCUGGGCCCCAAGGUCCCUACUACUGUGGUGUGGGAGCGGACAAGGCCUACGGCAGGGAUAUUGUGGAGGCUCACUACCGGGCCUGCUUGUACGCUGGCAUCAAGAUCGGGGGCACGAACGCCGAGGUCAUGCCUGCACAGUGGGAAUUCCAGAUAGGACCCUGUGAAGGAAUCGACAUGGGCGAUCAUCUCUGGGUGGCCCGUUUCAUCUUGCAUCGUGUGUGUGAAGACUUCGGAGUGAUUGCCACCUUUGAUCCUAAGCCCAUUCCUGGAAACUGGAAUGGUGCUGGCUGCCACACCAACUUUAGCACCAAGGCCAUGCGAGAGGAGAAUGGUCUGAAGUACAUUGAGGAGGCCAUUGAGAAACUAAGCAAGCGGCACCAGUACCACAUCCGAGCCUACGAUCCCAAGGGGGGCCUGGACAACGCCCGGCGCCUAACUGGAUUCCACGAAACCUCCAACAUCAACGACUUCUCUGCCGGCGUGGCCAACCGUGGUGCUAGCAUCCGCAUCCCCCGGACUGUCGGCCAGGAGAAGAAGGGCUACUUCGAAGACCGUCGCCCGUCUGCCAACUGUGACCCCUUCGCCGUGACGGAAGCCCUCAUCCGCACAUGUCUCCUGAAUGAAACCGGCGACGAGCCCUUCCAGUACAAGAACUAAGUGGACUAGACUUGCAGCCCUCGAAACCCCUCUUAAUUCUACAUCUUACUCCCACUCUCGCCCCUCUCAACGCUAUAAUAGCUAUAACUCAAAGGGUGGAAUAUCAAGGUCUUUUUUGUUUUUUUUUUAAUUCCUCACACCCAGUUAAUAUCUCUUGCUUUCUUUGGUCAGGAUCAAAGGGGUCAAGUUCUUAAUCACUUCACCUACCUACCCCUGCCCUUUUCUUUUUCCUAUCACCGAAGCUUUCCUAGUGCAUUAGUUGGGAGGGUGGGUGGGGAAACAUAACCACUGCUUUGAUUUAAUCAGGUGUGUUUGUCCAAUAGGCAUAGCUCUCUGGACAGAGAGCCCAGUCAUUGUGAAGGGAUGGGGAGGACUCUUUCUGAGUGGUUACUGAGUGGGGGACAGGGGUGCUGGAUUCUGUGGUUAGGUUAGGAUUUCCCUUCUUGGUGGGAAGUUCCAUUACUUACAAGGUUGUAACCAACUUUCUAUCAAAAGUGAGAAUUAGGGGGGAAGGAAGGGUGGGAAGUCAGGUAGGAAAAUGCCCUAGAUCUCCUGGUGUGGUGCUGCCCUUGCCUGGGGCUCAGCACCCUGACAGGCUCCACAUAAAUGGAUGGAUAGCCCUACCUGAAAAGAAAAAGUUCUCAUUGUGUGGUCCUCCAUUUAUAAUACAAAGCAGAGUAGUAUUUUUAUAUUUAAAUGUAAAAACAAAAAUUAUAUAUAUGGGUGUGCAGAUAAAUGUGUGUUUUCUCUUUAGGGAGAAAAAGCCAUUUUGGUUAUGGGGAACCCAAAUUUGAGACAAAUAGUCUGGUUAGAAAUAAGGAUCUCCUUUUGAGUGGGUGUGGGAAUGGGAGAGGCUGUGCUGGAAAAGUUGGCUGUUUGGGGCUGAUAUUCCCUCACUACCACUUCAGGGCUUCUCUCUGCCCUGCUUGCCCUUCUGGGGAGGCUGACAUUGGUUGGUUAACAGGUGGAAGCCCAUGAUAGCAGUAGCUAUCACCUGAGCCCCAGGUUUAAAAGACACACAUGUACUUGUACACACAGGGGUUUGGAAAUAGGAGUUGGCUGGUCAACUUGAGCAUGUUACUGACAAGGGGGUAUUGGGGUUAUUUCCGGUGGGACUAGCAUGUCACUAAAGCAGGCCUUUUGAUAAUAAAAAAUUUUUUUAAGCAAAACAGAAUUUUAGAUUUUAAUCAUAUUUGUUAGGGUUUCUAAGUCUUUGUUUUACAGAAUUGCUUGUUUGCUUCAGCUGUCUCCUCCCCAUCUCUGCUCUGGAGGAGACGGGACAAGUCUGGAGUCCAAACAGUUGUAAUUUUGUAUCUUGGUGUCUGUUCUCUGAGUGUGAAAUUAAGAUUCCUGAGGAGUUACUAUUUUUUUUCUCUUUUAUAAUAAAAACAAACCCCACCUUUGUCCUUACAUUUUCCUUACUGUUUCUGGCUAUUUUGUGUUGGGUGCGGAAAGUGGGCAGUGGUUUUUUUCUUACCAUGACGAUUUGUAAUUGCCAUGUACAGUAUGUUCAGAGUUAGAUAACUCUUCAUUGUAAACAAACUGUGCUAACUGCCCAGAGCAGCUCUUAUAAAUGUUAGGUUGAUUUAUAAGAUCUCUCCUGACUUGUGAUUCUUUUAAGUCCCUAUAUGCCACUUCAUGGUAUACCUGUUUUUGGAAUUAAAGAAUCUUUCCUGAG